UUUAUUUUUACACGUGUUAAAAUACUUUAAGAUUGUAUAAAUGCAGCAGUUAUAGUAAAAGCGGAAAAACAUUGAGAUUACAUAAUUUCAAUUGUUACUGAUUAUUAUAUAGUUUAUUAGUUAAAUUCAUUCACGAAUAAUUUUGAGAUUUUAUUCUUACACUUGUUAUAAUAAAUUUAGCGGCUUAAUACAAAAACCAGUAAAUGAAGUUAGCACAAGGGUGUACGUUUAUUGGACUUUUCCUGACGUGUGUAUUUGAAUGGACGCGUGCUCAGUCAGCAUCGAAGAGAUAUUACAUGGACGACCUGUGCGGUCAUUCAAUCGAUAUGGGAACUUCCGGUUUGGAGAGCGUUCGUCUGCAUCUGACCAACUUUCAGUACUACCACAGCAGUAUGGACUGCGUACUGCGGGUUCGAGUCCCAGUCGACAAGCGACUCCAAGUUCGCUUCCUCGCUAACUCCAUAGUGAAUAGCGUCAACUGUACACAGGACUUUCUAAGUAUCCUGGACGGAAACGAGCCUACAGGACAGCCUCUUAGAGAUUUGGAUCCUCGUGUUUGCUGGUCAAGCAUUCUGAAGUCCAGCUACGUGACCAGCGGCGACCAGGCCCACUUCCGGUUUGUAAGCGACGCUCAGGACACCUCGGAGGGCUUCAGGCUUCUCCUCACCGCCUUCAGAGAAGAUCCGAAGCAGACUUGUUACGACUCGGAGUUCCAGUGCAGGUCCAACAGACGCUGUAUCUCCGCGUCCUUGACCUGUGACAACUAUGAGGACUGCACGGACGGAAGUGACGAAUGCGGCCUCUCCACGGGGGCGAUCAUCGGAAUAGCCAUUGGUACUGUUGUCGGUGUCAUAAUCAUCAUCUGCAUCAUCGCCUGCUGCUGCUGUCACCGUCGACGAAAGCGUAACGCCGACAGCGUGAAACACUUGAGUUACGAAAAUCAUGAAGUGGAAGUAGUGCCGGUUCCAGAAGACAUUUACUCGGACGUUCAUAUCGUGAAGCAAGCCCCGCCCAGUCCUCCGAUCCAACCAAUCAUACAGCCUCUACAAGUACAUCCGGGACAUUACCACGGUAACGACGCCCAGGCAGUGUAUUCGUAUGAUCCCUACCACGUGAAAAUGGAAGCGGCGGAAGUGACGUCACAGAAUCCGCAAAUUUGGAUCACCACUCCAUCGGACGAAUCGCGGACGUCAUAUUACAUCGAUUACUAAAACGCCAGUAUCGAUCAACAUAAAAGAACUGAAUUCCGCCUCCAAAUUAUACUUUUUAAACUAGAUUGUGUAAUCCAAGUGCAAAAUAUUCAGGAUUAAGUGAAACCUUUGAUAUUAUUUUAAACUUUGAAGAUUUUUAAAAUCUUAAAUCUUUAUAAUUUCGUGUUGUUUUUUCUUGCAUCGAUGUAUCAGAUGGUUACAUUUUGAGGAAGCGUGAUUUGUUUUGUUAGAAACGUUGUUAAUACAGAAUAACUAUUAUCAAGACACCAUUGCUAUGGCAUUAUAGAUGUGUUUGAUUGUUAUUGAUACGUUAUUUAAAAAAUGCUAUUUGUUUUUCAUUUCGGAUAGACCCGUCCUCGCGCUUCUAUUAAAUAGUGCAAGACAGAAAAAAUCUUUUGAAACUGUAACUGCUGUUAGAUUUAAAUGCCGUGAACGAUUUCAGCGUAUUGUAAAAGUAACCUGAUUUCAUGAACUGACAUUUUAAGCUGUAAAACACAGGCUUACCGGUACAUAUAUACAUUAUUACCGGGUAAUAUGAAUAUAAUACAAUUUCGAUUGUUUUUGUGCAGUGUUUCUCUUUUAUAUAUUGCAUUAAAGAUGCGAAUAGUAAAUGUAUUAAAUGUAGUUGUUAUACGAUUUAAUUUUACCAGACAAAACUAUCGAUUUCAAUAUUUUUUAUAUUCUGUACGUGCAAGAACACUCAAACAUAUGCGGGUAACCGAGUGCUGUGUUUUACAGGCAUGCACGUGUAACUAUUACCUGAAAAAUAUCGAACGAGCUAUUUUUUAGUGCUGCAACAAUACGCCAAAAACCAUAUUGCAAUAUAUUGUCAGUUCAAAAACCCGUAUUGCAAUAUAUCGCAAUAUAUUGCUAACUUAUAUCAAAAUUAUAACUUGCCAAUUACCCGAUAAUCCCGUAUAUUCCAGUUUUAAAGCAAAUGAUGGUAUAUACAGUACAGCCAAAGCGGAACAAACGUAUUUCACGAUCCGCGGCGGCAAGGCGAAACGAGUCGAUGCCGCGUCAGUCGUUGAAGCCGCGUCAGUAUGCGGCGGCAAGUCGCAUUUCGUCGCGAAACUUCGCAUCUGUCCGCCGAGGCAUGCCGCGGUCAGCGACAUGAUGCCGAGUCGAUGUGAUCAUGAAAUAUUAUUUUUUUUAAAUUAUUAGUUACAUGUAGUUAACAAAUUUUGAAAGAACAAUUAUAAUAAUAAUUAAAAUCAUAAUAAAUUUAUUGUGCGCGGAUUGUAUUAGCAUAUACAUGUAAGCAUGGUUAAUGUGUCUGGCCAAUUAUUAAGUUUGUUUCCCGCCCGUAGCGUAUGUAUUUCACACAUGAACAAGGUCACGUAAUUAUGUUUUCGCACAUAUAAGUGGUCAAGGCUCCAGCAUAUGGUGGAUUUAUAAAUUAAUUGCAUGUUUAUUCCGCUAUUAUAUUUUAGCUGAGAAAAUUAGCAGUUUGAAGCCACAUCAAUAAUCAAGACGGUGACGACGUAUUUGUAGUUUUGUUAAUUAUCAGCUUAUUAUAACUAUUGUUUGAAUAUGCGUAUAUAAACACGUUUUAUUUUGUUCAUAUUAUACAGUUAAUAUCGCUACUAAUUACCCGAGAAUCCCGUAUAUUCCAGUUUUAAAGCAAAUGCUGGUUAAUAUUUACGAUACACAAACAUUCUUGAUAUUUCCUUAAGUAUCAAAUACAUUUUGGCAUUUGUUACUAUUUAUAGAGAUGAUGAAAUAACGUCUAAUCGGGGCGUUUUUUUUUCUCCACUGAACACGCGAUUUACGCCUGACGUGAUGUUCAUGUAUUUAUACAACACAAAAUACACCCAAACUUUCCAAACGACGUUCUACAUGUCUGCAUAAUUUUCGCGCGCUUUUUAUGAAACAAAGGAUAUUUUAGCACUGUUUAUUUGACGCUAGAAUUUGCCAAAGGACGCGUUAGCAUUAAAAUUCGGAAGUGUGUUUCGGAUUACAAAUUUAAUAAUGAUAAUCGAACGAAACAUAAACAGUUGCGAGUAAUUAAUUCUACGCUACACAUACAUGUAUGUACAUGUAGGUGGAUAUCUUUUCACUCGAUCCGCCGCGUACGUAUGCGGCGGAUUUACUCCGCGAAAGUACGCGUGAUUAAUACAGACUCGGCGUCGUUGCGCGGAUCGAUGCCGAGUGCCACGGCGAUACGCCGCGUGAACACACGAUUCGGCCGCCGCGGACUAAUAAUCUGGCCAUGGCGUAGCCGCGGAUUAUGUUUGUGCCGCUUUGGCUGUACUGUAUUUACUAUAAAUGUGCUCAAGAAUAACAAGAAACACAAACAUUCGCAAAUUUUCUUAAGUAUCAAAUACAUUUUGGCAUUCGUUACUAUUAAAAGAUGUGAUGAAAUAACGUCCAAGCGUGGCAUUUUUUUCAACUGAACACGCGUAAUUCACCUGACGUGAUGUUCCUGUUUUUAUACAACACAAAAUACACCCAUACUUUCCAUGCGACGUUCUACAUGUCUGUAUAAUUUUGCACGCUUUUUAUUGAGACAAAGGAUAAAGCACUUUUUAUUUGACGCUAGAAUUUUUUAUUGUCGCAUUAGCAUUAAAAUUUGGAAGCAUAUUUCCGAAAUUUGGAUUACAAAUUUAAUAAUGCUCAAUUCAGAAUCGAACGAAACAUUUACAGCUGUGCGCAAUUAAUUCAAAGAUAAUCUGUUCAAAAGCAUCGAACGAAUGCUCCGAUGUAACAACGCUACUCCGUAUAAUACUCUUUCAGAAUGCUAUUUUUACGAAAAAAAUAUUUACACUGCUUUGUUUUGUUUACCUUGUUAUCAUUAUUUUGGAUGGCUUUUCUGGACGAAAUGUGAAUGAAUUUUUGUAAAAUUUUCGUACCGGUAUGAUGAAAAUUGUAUCGCAAUACAAUAUGCGGAUUGCGUAUUGCGAUAUAUACCGAUAAACCGGUAUAUUGUUGCAGCACUACUAUUUUUACAUAUAUAUUGUGCACGAAAGUAUAAACAGACAUACUUAAAAGUUAUAUCCGGGUAAACAAGUUAUUUCAUAUAGACAUGCAAAUGUAGUUUAAAUUGUGUAUGUUUCAUUUCGGUAGAAAUACCGGUCCCUUAAAUAUCAACACAAAAACAGUUUAAAAGAAUAAGCUUUUAUCCUAAAAUGUAAUGUAUGUAUGCAUAUAAUUAUAUACGUGUAAAAAUAAAAGUGUAAAAUC